AUGGCGGGCGAACGACGAACGAACAAACGACGUGAAAAAUCCAUUUUCUAAUUAUUCCGAAUUCCUCUUUGGCAGCGAAUUCCUUCGUGUCUAGCAUUGCGUUGCACGACUGAAAAAGUUGAAAAAGAAGCUGGAAAAUUUAGAAAACUUUGUUAAAAACUCAAGAGUACGCAGAAACAACAACAAGUGUUAAAACGGUGAACAAAUAAUAAUGCGAAUGCUUUAAAGAAAGAUUUUCUGCGGAGAAAAAAACGUCGAGACCUCACACAUAUUCGUACAAAGUGCAAAACAUUGGAAGACUUUUCAUUUUAAAAAAAAGUAGUGGUCGUCAAACUAAGCUGGAGGUUAAGAAUUGUUCAAAAGUUUUGGCUCUACAAACAAGAAUAAUAUAUGUAUUUGGGAUUAUAUUUUUUGAUUGGCAGUUAAAACGUCGUAGCUAUUUUUAGUAGAAAAAUUUGGAUGCAUUGCACACAGCGGCAAAGUCAAUCGGCACCAAUUCUGCAUCCCGUGGCUCAAAGAAAAUUAUGCAAAAAGACAACCCUCGAUUGCAGCGACGUAACAGUUGGCAGUGUAGUUGAACAGUGAAUACGUCUAGGUAUUGCUAAUUGCUUGUAAGCGGAGGCAGAAUAAAAGGGAGUAGAGGAAAUUGAUAAAUAUCAAGAAUCGGCAUAAGACUAUAAAAAAUUUUAAACACAAAACUGAAACUGGAUUAGCGACAUCAAGUGUCAAGUGUUACCUUCAAGAUGGCGUCCAGAAGUCACCAGUAUUUUAGUUUGCGUUGGAACAACUACCAAAACACCAUGACAUCGGUGUUUCAGCAGUUACGGGAGGAUUUGUCCUUUGUAGACGUAACUCUUUCAUGUGAACACGGUUCGCUAAAAGCACAUAAGGUUGUCUUAUCUGCGUGCUCUUCAUAUUUUCAAAAGCUGCUCUUAGAAAAUCCUUGUAAGCAUCCAACCAUAAUACUACCUGGCGAUAUAAUAUUCACAGACUUGAAGACCAUUAUUGAUUUUGUUUAUCGUGGCGAAAUAGAUGUUACCGAAUCUGAGUUGCAGGGCUUAUUACGUACUGCCGAACAGUUGAAAAUAAAGGGCCUUUGCGAGACAGCUGAAAACACGGACGAUUUGAACGACGCUGCAACCGCCACAAUCACAGUAUCGGAGAAUAUACAGCAGGCAGUGGUCGGCAAUAUUGUUAAUGCCCCAGUAGCAACCAGUCAACUCUCGCCCAAUAUACAACAUCAACAACAGCAGCAACAAAUUGCAACUAAUACCGCAGUGCUUACGCACAAUAUUGGCAACAUCACCACUGCAAAUUCGCAACAAAUUGGCACAACAACAGCAAACACUGCUGGCCAGUUGCUGACAGCGGGCUCAUCAGGCCAACAACAGCAAAUAGGACGUAAAUCACGUGUACGUAAGCGUUCAAAAUCUCCGGAUCUACAACAGCAACAAGUGCAUAAUAGCCAACAACAAGUGCAACAACAUCCACAAACAAUUUUAAUACAAAAUCAAAAUCAAGCCGCUAUCGUUAGUUUACAACAGACCUCGUCUGGCAAUUAUAUACCAGUGUCCGGAGGACAAACGGUCACCACCAGUGUAGCUGGCCAGCAGCAAACUGUAAUAACCGCUGACGAAUCAGAUACGGACAAACCGGCGCUGUCGAAAAUCUGUAAAACAGAAACAGCAUCAGCGUCGCCUGCGUCGAGCGCAUCGGGUGUAUCGGGUUCGAAUAAUGCCGGAAGCGUAACAACAGUUGCAGCACCAGGUACAGCGAUUGUUACGCAGAUAGUAGUGGCACGAGACGGCAAAGAUAAAAAUAUGACUAGUUUAGGAAUGGGAAUGAAUGGCGGAAUUCUUGGCGUGCCAAUGGGCUUUUUAGAUUUUGCACCAGAACCACCAGCACCUUCAGCUACACCUGUAACAGUAACAGAACACGUUGACUUAUCAUGUAAUCCUAAUACAGACACACGAGAUUUAUCAAACCCCACCGAAGCACUUGAUAUCGACAAUCACUUGGCUCAACAUAUGAUUCAACGGCUUGAUCAAUCUCCGAUGCAUGCUAUUCAUCAUCAAACGGGCGAUGAAAGCAAUUCGAAUUUAGUUCAGCAUAUUAAGAGUGAGGUGAUUGAUGCGAAACAGCAACAACAAGUACAACAGCAACAUCAUCAGCAGCAGCAACAACAAUUGCAUGCUCAACAACUUUCACAGAAUCAAGCACAGCAACAUCAACAACAACAUCAAGUACAUCAACAGCAAACUUCACACUCACACACAACACACGUCCAGCAACAAGCGCAAACACAUCAGGAUAUCACAGGCGCAACAGUCAUGGAAAUCGAUCCUAGCCAAAUUAAGCACGAACCGGGAAUGAUCAUAACACCGGAAAUCGUCAAUAUGAUGACAACCGGACAUAUGGAUAUGUAUAACUCCGAUACAAGUGAAGAUUCAAUGAUGAUUGCAAAUGGCUCGCCAAACGACCAAAAUGAGCCACACUAUACCAAUUUAGACCAACAACAUGUGGAUAGUAAAGGUCAGUUUAAUGGUCCCAAGACUUGGACUCAAGAUGAUAUGAAUUCAGCUUUAGAUGCAUUGAAAAAUCAAAAUAUGAGCCUUACAAAGGCUUCAGUUACAUAUGGUAUACCAUCGACGACUUUAUGGCAACGUGCCCAUCGUAUGGGCAUUGAAACGCCAAAGAAGGAAGGUGGUACUAAAUCAUGGAAUGAGGAUUCUUUAAAUAAUGCUUUAGAAGCCCUGCGCUCGGGACAAAUAUCAGCCAAUAAAGCGUCAAAGGCUUUUGGUAUACCAUCAUCGACAUUAUAUAAAAUUGCACGUCGAGAGGGCAUACGCUUAGCGGCACCAUUCAAUGCAGCACCAACAACGUGGACCCCAGAGGAUUUAGAGCGUGCAUUAGAGGCAAUACGCGCCGGUCAUACGUCCGUUCAAAAAGCCAGUGCCGAAUUUGGUAUUCCAACAGGUACACUUUAUGGUCGUUGUAAACGCGAGGGCAUCGAACUGUCUCGUUCAAAUCCCACACCUUGGUCAGAAGACGCAAUGAAUGAAGCAUUAAAUUCAGUACGAAUUGGCCAGAUGUCGAUCAACCAGGCCGCGAUUCAUUACAACCUUCCAUAUAGCUCUCUGUAUGGUCGCUUUAAACGUGGAAAAUAUGACGUUACUAAUACCAGUAGCACCUCCAUUAAUAAUGCAUCAGGAAACACUUCAGGAAGCAUCGAAAUUAUCGAACAUAGUCAAGAAAACUCGUUACAUGUGUUUCAGCAACAGUUCCAGUAUAGUCCGUCACCACAUCAACAGGCCCAGCAUGGCGGUCAAUCUCAAUCACAGACACCUCAACAUUUAACUCAACAUGUUGUGCACAUUCAACAGCCACAGACUCAUCAUCAGCAACAAGUACAUGCUCAGCAGCAGCAACAUAUCCAACAACAACAAGAUGUUGUUACAUCCAGCAGCCAGGUGGCACAUAGCAGUGCAUCAGGCGGACAGCAACAACAAAUUCAACAGAUCUAUCAUCAUCACAGCACGCCGGAAAGAAGUUGAGAAUCACUGCAACAAGCAGCUAGCAACAGCAACUCAACAACAACUAACAGCAGCAACAAUAAACGGAAGAAAGGCUCGAAAGGUAAACGUUGAGAAAGGGACACCAGUGAUGUGUUUUUACGUAUGGAGGUUUGCAAUAAGAUAGUAAGAGAAAAAAAUGAAAAAACCGAACAAGUUAAUAAAAGGAAAUUAAAUGUGAGGAAAACAAAAGGACAUCGUAAAAAGUUUAAAUUAAAAUUGUUUUCGACCUUUUCGGAUUGAGUUUGUUUCAGAAUUUUUCAUUAUUCAGUUGAGCGAAACCGAUUCAGAAUAUGUCGCGGAAUUAUUGGGCGUGAAUGAUACAUAUAACAAAUAUUUCGAUUAGCACCUAUUAGAGUGAAAGCGUAUAUCACUUUCCUUAAUCUAAAUAAGAUGGAAGGAGUUCUUUUGGCACUCCCUUAAGGGAAAAGUUUUAUUAGAUGUACACACAAAAGGCGGUUAAAAGGAUUUAAGGGAGUAUAUAAGUAAUCACGAAUGACAACUAAUUAAUUGUCCAUGGGUUUAAUAGCCACAAAAUGUUUUAUUUACUGAUGUUGAUUAUCCUUUGAAACAAAAAAAAAAAGAAAGAAAAACAAAAAAAAAACAAAAGUCAAAUGGAUUAUCCCCUUGCAUAAUAGAAGAAAAUGGAUUUGAGAAAUGAAUUGUAUUUUUGAUAAUUGAAUAGUAGCAAAACAAUAUUAAAUAAAAAAUUGUAGAAGAAACACAUUUCGAACAGUGUCGUUCGAAGGAGUUGAAGUUAAAAAUAUUUAGAGACGUGACAAAAUUAUAAAUAAGUUCUUUCACCACUAGAUUUAGUGAAAAAAAAAAAUAGUUUUUAUCUUAAUAUAUAUAUACAUAAAUUACGGUUUUGUCAAUCAAAACUAGUAAAAAAUUUAAAAAAAAAAAAACGGUUCAAAUGUAUGUUUACAUUUACCGUACUGAAUUAAAAUUAUGUAAUUGGAAUAGAAUUAUCCAGUUGAUUUGAGUUGACCUUUUUGGCUUUUCGUUGAAUAAUAUUAUGUAUUCGAUACUUAUGUAUGUAGAUGCCUAAAAUAAUGUUGAUAAUUUUCUUGUAAUUUAUAGAUAAGUUUUUUUGUUCAAAAAAAAAAAAAAACAUAAAGAAACACUAAAGAAAUGAAAACAUUCAUUGAACAGAAUUUGGAUAUUUUUAUUUUCAAAAUCUAUACCACUUACACAUACAAACACGAAUGAUCUAUUAAACAAUUGCUAAUGCAAAUAUGAAAUAUCAAAAUUUUAAUUUAUAUAUAAAUAUAUAUAAAAAGUACAUACAUAGUUAAACGCAAAUACAAAACAUAAUAAAAAAUAAUAAAUAAUCUCGAGACAUAAUAUCUUGCUAUAUAAUAAAUCAUUCUACAUUUAGACAUAUUAUAAAAGCAUCAUCAACUAGAAAUUUGUUGCUGCUGUUUUGAAAAUUGGAAUAGUAAGAAAAACAUCCUUGUGGACAAACUCCACAAUGAUAAUCUAAUGUUAAACAGAUAAAAUCAUAAAGUAUAACAAAAAAUAAUUGUAGUUAUUAUUACUAUUACUAAAGCAUUCAUAUUUAAAUAGUAUGCAAUAUAAAACAAUAAAAAGCUAACUUUAAAACAUGUCAAGUGAGUGUACACAUUAAGUCAGCAACUUCGAAAGCAGGUUGGUUUGGAUCAUAGAAAGUGUUUUAAAUGAAGGUUAAACAUUUCGGUUCAUUUUCUUUGUUCAUAAUAAAUUUACAUAUUGAUUUGCAUUGUAGUUUUAGCUUUAGUCAAUUACAUACAUACAUAUGUAUACUGCUUAAUUUUUAUUGAUUUACUAAAUUCAAGUACGUUCAUUCGACUUGCUAAAAAUAGAUUAAACUCAAAUAUUUAUAUUGUGUGGAAUAACAAUGA